AUGUGGCACUGCAUUUUCACGAUCAAUUCGAGCUCAAAUAAUUCUAUCGCGAAAGUGUUAACCGCGCGAAAAGCACCAACGAAUGAAAAAUUUUUUCACACAUGUUCAAGUCAUGGAUGCUACAGACAGCAUCAGAUUUCGUCUCACUAUUUAAUUAUGUUUUUAAAAGGAAAACGAACAAUGCCAAUGAGUUAUGAAGAUGUUUAG